CGUCACUGUUUGCGACGCACGCUGCUCGUUAGUUGGUUGUUUAGCAGUUAGCAGUUAGCAGUGAGCAUCUAAACACAUCUAAACAUGGCGAACGGGUGCAAAGACGUGUUGUUCUCACGGGGGACCGGACAUAGUGACGAUUCGGACAUAUGGGAUGACACAGCAUUGAUAAAGGCUUAUGACAAGGCUGUUGCGUCAUUCAAGACUGCUCUGAAGGGUGAAGAUGAGCCGGAGACCUCCAAGAAAAACCAGCCGGGGAAAAAACGCAAGAGCAGCAAAAAGAACCAGAGCAGAAAAAGAACGAAUGUACCAGCAGACAAAGAGUGGCAGGUUGGGGACUUGUGCAGUGCGUACUGGUCAGAGGAUGGCCAGCUCUAUGCAGCCACUAUCUCCUUCAUAGAUGAGAAGAAGGGCACCUGUACAGUUGUUUACACAGAAUACGGCAACGAGGAGGAGCAGAACCUUGAAGACUUACUUUCAGAGAUCUCUGAGGGUGAUGAAGAAACAAAUGCCAAGGUAAAGGAGGUAGAAUCAUCAACAGAGGAAAGUGACAGGUCAACCACACCAAACCACCACAAACAACAGCCACACAGUAAACCUCAGAAGUCCAAGGCCCACAGAGAACCGCCUCCUAUGUGGGCUCCUGGUUUCCCUGGGUUUCCUCCAGGUCCACCUCCCAUGCAUGCCUUCAGCCAGGGAGGAAGCAGACGAUCUGGUGGUCACGGGCCUGUACCUCCUCCAUGGCCUCCCAUGAUGCCAUUUGGUCCACCAAUGAUCCCUCCACCUCCGCCUAUGAGCCCUGACAUGGUGGAUGACGAGGCUUUGGGCAGCGUGCUCAUCUCCUGGUACAUGAGUGGAUAUCACACGGGAUACUACUUGGGAUUAAAACAAGGACGCAAAGAAGCUGCCAAUUGGACGAAACUGCACCACAAAUGAAAUGAUCAACUCAACAUUUCAUAGUUUCAGUUUCUCCGGGCAUCACCAGGUGCAGCAGUCAUCCUCCCUAUUAUGCCUGAUGUGUGUUUUUCUUGUUUCAAUGAAAUGUUAUAAACUAAGUGUACACGCUAUGAAUAGAACGUUCAUCGGAGCUCAAGGAGGAGAGUUUUGUAUUCUUUGUAAAUAGAUUAAAUAAAGGCUAUAAGAGCACAGUUGAUAA